AUGAGCGCCCCGGUGGUUCAUUCGCAGCCAGUCCCUCCCCCGGACGAUGAGGAGUUAAUGCUCAGCAAGCUGGUGUUCGGCGAUACCUCUGACUUCAACGAAAACCUAUCCCAACUGCGGUCUUUGGACACCGAGUUCGGCGAUGCUGAUGAUGUCGAAAUGAUAGAGGCCAACAGCGAAGAGGAAAAUGAUGAGGAUCCCGAGCACAAUAAUAUGGACGCGAUCCAAGAUGAUCAGCUUUUUUUCGUCGACGAUGGCAUGACCGGCGAGGAGCAGGAUAAGGAAUCCGCAGAACUAGGCAACGGUAGCGACAGCGCGAGCGAGAGUGAUACCGGUAGUGAAUACUAUUCAGAGGACAGCGCCGUGUGGUCAGACUCGGAGGAUGAGCGUGUCGAGGUUGCCUUCACCACGUCUAACAGAACAAAGAAGCUGCGCAGCUCGUAUUCUGAAGGCAGGAUUAAAGGAAGAGACUAUGUCUCACGUCUGAGACAUCAAUUCGAAAAAAUAUACCCUCGUCCCAAAUGGGCAGACUCGGAAAGCUCAGAAGAGGGCCCUGGUUCGGACGACGAUUCAGACCGCGAAGACCGCGAGGAGGUUAUAAACGGCGAUCUCAAUGCGCUUUCUAGAAUCUUGCAAAGCACUUACAAUUACAGAGACACAUCCAGUCGUCUUCUACCUCCCAGUAGUCUGGACAUUACGCGGUUGAAAGACGCAAACGCUGCUCAUCCAUCGCGAGCUGCCGUCCAGUCUCUCUCAUUUCAUCCUUCAAAACCCCUGCUUUUGACCGGUGGCUACGAUCGUACCUUGAGAGUUUACCACAUAGACGGAAAGAACAACCACUUGGUAACAAGCUUGUACCUAACUGGUACUCCAAUACAGACUUGCUCUUUCUACGUCAGCCCUUCGCACCAAGAGCAAAGAAUAUUUACCGCCGGUAGAAGACGUUACAUGCAUUCGUGGGAUAUCUCAGGCACAACUCCCCAGCAGUCCAGAAUCGAAAAGAUCUCAAGAAUGUACGGCCAUGAGGCUACUCAGCGCUCGUUUGAGAAGUUCAAGCUUGCACAUGUGUGUGCACAGUCUGGAAAAGCACAUGGUGUAAUUCUCUUACAGGGUAACAAUGGUUGGGUUAACGUGUUACAUGCAACCACCGGUGUCUGGAUGAUAGGCUGCAAGAUCGAAGGCGUCUUGGUUGAUUUUUGCGUUGACUACAAACCAAUCUCCAACAACAAGUUCCAAACCAUUUUAAUCAUGGUUAACACAUAUGGUGAGAUCUGGGAGUUUGAUUUAGCAAAGCAAGGAGAGGUGCUCCGUCGGUGGAAGGACGACGGAAGCGUAGGUGUUACAACUGUACAAACAGGAGGUGGUAAUAACUCUACACAGUUGCUGCCCUUCAAGAAAAUAAGGCAUAACAGGUGGCUGGCGAUCGGGAGUGAGAGUGGAUAUGUGCAUGUUUAUGAUAGAAACUCGAGUAGUGCAGAGCCUGUUGCAAAGCUAGACCAGCUCACUACCCCAAUCUCGUCAUUGGCCUUCUCUCCAGAUGGCCAAAUACUGUGCAUGGCGUCUAGGGCCACGAAAGAUGCACUGAGGCUGGUUCAUCUACCAACUGGCAAAGUAUUUUCCAACUGGCCAACGAGUGGAACGCCACUUGGCAAAGUUACGAGCGUAGCUUUCUCACCUCGCGGUGAAAUGCUUGCUGCUGGUAACGAACAAGGCAAGGUGAGACUGUGGAGAUUAAACCACUACGCAUAA